AUCAUUUUAGUAUUUAACGUUAUUGAUUAUAUUUCUACUACUAAGUUAAAUGUUGUCUGAAAUACUUGACAUUCUUUAGUUUUUGCUUUCCGUUUUAUUGCGGUAAAUUUAUAAUUUAAGUUUAACAGUAGUCCUAAUUAGAAUAUCAACUAAAUAUUUUUAAUUUUGUUUAGUCUCAUAUUAUCAGUAUUCAAAUUGGACUACUGAUGUACAUGAAUCAAUUGUCUACUGCUGUAAAAUUAACUAAUUUGACUUUCUGAAGAGCUGUUUAGAAGAGAAGAAUGCAGUGAGGAUGUCGAACAAUAAAAUAUCAUUGUACAAGUUCAAACCUUUUCAUUUCACAGUAUUAAAAAAAAACCAUGAUCCAUUGCUUCGACCGUUAGCAAGAAGCGGACAUCGUGUAGUGUGCAACGAUGCUUAUUUAUUUUCCUAUGGCGGGUUUAAUCCGGCAACAAGUGUAAGGAAUUAUUUACAGGAUGCUACCGGUACAAGAUUGUCAUCAGCCAUGCGAGAACUUUGGAAGUAUUGUUUUGAUUUAGGCGAAUGGAAAAGAAUAUCCUGCAAAAACGUACCUCAAGAAUUGGCAUCUAGUUCUGUUACAUUAUCUGGAAAUAUUAUUAUUAUAUAUGGUGGUACGGGAGUUCCUUUUGGAGCAUUCUGCAGUAACCGAAUGUACCUAGGAAAUUUGGCUAAUGAAUUUAAGGAAAUUGGGAUGGAAUUUGAAGAAUUGCAAGUAUCUGGUGAAGUUCCUAUGCCACUUUAUGGACAAGGUGUUGUAAUGGAUAGCAAGUAUAUUUAUUCAAUUGGCGGCACAUCAGGCUACGAGUAUGAAAUGGAUGUUCACCGUCUUGAUCUUAGUACUAAAAAGUGGGAAUUACUACAUAAAUCGCGAGGAUUGGUUCAUGAACCAGAACCCAGAUAUCGACAUGAAGUGGUAUUUUACAAAGGACGAAUUUAUAUAUUCGGAGGCGGACGUGGAGGUUCAUUAAACAUCUACUAUGGAUUUUCGAAAAUUCAUGUUUUUGAUGUAACUACCAAGGAAUGGGAAUUCCUCCCUGCGAAACAUGACCAUAGAGUGCCUCGACCAGGAUAUCCAGAUAACCGAAGCUGCCAUAGUUGUGUUCAGUGUCCAGACAAAAAAAAUUUAGUUUAUAUAUGUGGUGGUUUUGAUGGUUUCCGUUCAUUCAGAGAUGUCUGGCGGUUUAAUUUAGAUACUCUCCAAUGGGAAAAAUUAACCAGGUGUACAAUGCCUAAACCCGUGUAUUUUCAUUCUACUGCAGUUACGCCUUCUGGUCGUAUGUGCUGUUAUGGAGGUAUAGUGUCCGACCAAGCAGAUGGCAGUGGUGGCCGUUCAAAUGACAUCACUAGUGCCUGGAUUACUAUACCCAAGUUAAGAGUGAUUUGUUGGGAGGCGAUGAUAUUCUAUUUUAAAGAGCAAAUGUUCGAAACCAGUGAUCACGAUUUAAAACAGAUUGGUCUACCACAAGAAUUUUAUGAAAGGAUAAUUGACGGAAGGAGAAAUCAUAGUCUAGCGACCACAUGAGACAUUUUUUUUUUUAUAUAACAAACAAAUGUAAUGUUUUAAUUACUAUUAAAUUCUAAAAAAAAAAAAUUAAUUGGUUUUUAAUUAAAUUAAUAAGAGGGACAAAUAUUUCUGCUGACAUUGCUGCCAAUGUUUUUGUAUAAAUUUUUGAAUUUGUUAAUAUAUUUAAGUGAUAUAAUUUAAAAGUAAUAAAAUGACUAAUUGUUAUUUUGUUAAAAAAUAAUACAAAUAUACAUUUUCAUUAGCAUAA